UUCAACAUUUAGUUUGUUUUGCGACGCGGUGCGAUAUAAAUCAACAUUGACUUGCAAAAAAUUGGUUUCCUUUCGGUUUCGUCCCUCGAUUAAUGCUCAAUCAUGCCUAAAAUUGAUCCAGAAACACAGGCCCUAUACGACGAAAUCAAUGGCAUGAUCGAGAAGUUUAAGGAAGACCAAAAGGCCAAGGCGGAUUGCACGUUGGCCGACAAAUGCGGCGACAUGAGUGAUGUGACCAAGCUCCGCUUCUCGUCGAAGAAGAUUCUCAAGGGUCACAUCAACAAGGUCAACUCGGUGCACUUCGCUGGCGACUCGCGCCACUGCGUCACUGGCUCGCUGGAUGGCAAACUGAUCAUCUGGGACACAUGGACAGCCAACAAAGUGCAGAUCAUACCCUUGAGAUCGGCCUGGGUGAUGACGGUGGCCUUCUCGCCAUCGGGAAAUUUCGUGGCCUGCGGCGGCAUGGAUAACGCCUGCACUGUCUACGAUGUGAACAAUCGCGAUGCCUCGGGUGUGGCCAAAAUGGUGCGGGAGCUCGUGGGCUACGAGGGCUUCCUCAGCUCCUGUCGCUUCCUCGACGAUAGCCAUUUGAUCACCGGAUCGGGCGACAUGAAGAUCUGCCAUUGGGAUCUGGAGAAGGGUGUCAAGACAAUGGAUUUCAAUGGGCAUGCUGGCGACAUCGCUGGCCUGUCGCUGUCUCCCGAUAUGCAGACUUACAUAACGGGCUCUGUGGACAAAACUGCCAAAUUGUGGGAUGUACGCGAACAGGGCCAUAAGCAGAUGUUCUUUGGCCACGACAUGGACGUCUCCUCUGUUUGCUACCAUCCAAAUGGCUAUGGCUUCGCCUCCUGCUCGGAGGAUCAGACGGCGCGCUUGUACGACUUGCGAUCGGAUCAACAAAUCGGCCUGUACGCCCCACCCCAGAAGAACACGGGCUUCACUUCGUGCGCUCUAUCGACCAGCGGGCGCUACCUAAUGUGCGGCGGCAUUGAGGGCAUGGUGCACUCGUGGGACACGAUGAAACAGAGGCAUACGGGCACACUGUCUGGACACGAGAAUCGGAUUACUUGCAUCAGCCUGUGCCCCAAUGGCAUGUGUCUAGCCUCGACCAGUUGGGAUCAACAAGUGCGCCUGUGGCUCUAAUUAACUUUAUUUUUUGUUGUUUUUGUUUUUGUUUUUGUAUUUGUAUCGCCGCGUGGACAACUAUGAGUUGGUCGCAGACUCGGUGGCUCUAAUCACUCCCGACUCCCGACUCCCGACUCCUGGCUCCAAUCCAGUCCAAUGGUCGAAUGCCGUCGUCUAAUAAUAUUUACUAACUUAAAACGUAGCUGUGGCGAGUAGUUAACCCAGAGCAAAUUGCAUGUGCGAGAAUAAAAUCUAUAAAGUAGCACUACUAACAACAAAAAUA